GGUACCUUGUUGGAAAGGGCUGGGAAGAGCUGAUGCGGUGCGGCGCGGAGGUGGGCGGGAAGGUUCUUCGACCCAAGCUGUGGUCGGAGACGCGCUUCGCUCCUCACGCUGGAGAGGUUUUCACCGUAUUCUGGCGCAACCUGGAGCUGCUCUGCAGCCUGCUGGAGAAGAAGCUGGCCGAGGAAACCCGUCCCACGCAGCUCGCCGAACUGCGAAAGGAGCUCGUCAUCCUGAAAGAUGAAGGAUUUCGGGUUCGUCUUCGAGCGCUGGAGGACAUGUAUAGAGUACUCGGGAGCGCCAGCAAGACGCCAGACCGUGCAGGGCACACAGGCUCUGCCGUGGGAGCGGCAGGCGAGCCAAGAGCUGGUGGUGGAAACCAUCAACAACAUGAGGACGACGCUCAUCGCGUUAUACCCAGCACAUCCGAGUUGCUUCUCUUGAAAGAAAAGACAAAGCUGUGGCCCGUGCUUCUGAAAGGACAAUAUCGACCGCCAGCUGCAGAGAUCAUCGGACGCAGCGUGGGCACGGAGUAG